AUGGCGGCGCUCAAGGUCGCCGGCAUCGACCAGAUCAAGGCGACCGUCGUGCCGGACAUCCGCGACCACCAGGCCUACCUCGCGGAGCGCGCGCCCGCGGAGCGCGAGGGCUUCGAGAGCAGCGCCGGCCACAAGCUCUUCAAGCAUUUGUACGCCCCCUGGCCCAAGACGCUGGGCAAGAAGGCGAGCCGCCUCGCGCGGGAGGAGAACGAGUUCACGCACUCGUCGCUCGUCUACGGCGAGGUCGAGUACGAGCCCUUCGUGGCGCUGCUGGGGGUCCUGUUGGAGGACGGUUUAAGGCCGGGCGGCGUCUUCGUCGACGUCGGCUGCGGCGCGGGCAAGGCCGUCUUCGCGGCGGCCAUCGGCCACGACUUCGACAAGGUCGUGGGCAUCGAGAUCCUCGAGCGGCUCCACGCCAUCAACGCCGACGAUUUGCUGCCGCGGUUCGAGACCCACGUGCGGCACGAGGUCAUGCCGGAGCGCCGCCAGCACUGCGACGUCGAGUUCGUCCUCGGCGACGCGACGGUGCUCGACUGGGCCGAGGCGCGCGUCGUCUUCGCGAACUCGACGUGCUUCGACGAGGCGCUCAUGGCGCGGCUCGCGGACCGCGCGGCCGCGCUCGCGCCGGGGACGUACUUCGUGACGACGACGACGGCGCUCCCGAGCGACCGCUUCGAGCUCCGCUGGAAGGGCUUCAUGCGCGAGACCUGGGGCGACGCCACGGUCUUCGUCCAGCGCCGCCGGGAGCCCGGUGAGGGCGAGGACGCGGAGGACGCGUCCGUCGCGAGCUCCGUGAACGCGCUCCUCCGGGGCUCGCUCCGCAACCUCAAGCUCAACGCGACGCGCGAGCGCGCGGCGCCGCGCCGCGGGUACCAGUUGAUGACGCGGUUCGGCUCGUUCUCCUCCGGCGGGAACAUGACCGCAGCCCGCGCGUUGGCAGCGUUGCUGGCGGCAGCCGUCGUCGUCGCCGACGACCCGCCGCGCGUCAUGGCCUGGACGCCCAGCGGCCGCGACGGCUUCGGGUCCCAGUACUUUGGCCACAUGGCCGUCUUCGGCGCCUGCCGGCGCGUCCCGGGCAACGGCUGCUGCUACGUGCACCAGCCCAUCUCCAAGGUCGAGCACGGCCUCGCCGUCCACUCGGCGGAGCAGUUCACGGGCAUGCGGAGCGACGCGCGCUGCGCGGACCACUCGCCGAGCGGCCGGCAGCGGCCGGCCAAUUUGGUCGUGCCGCAGUUCCCCAAGCCCAUGGAGGUCAAGUGGUACUUCCUCCGGGACCCGGACGUCCGCAGGGAGCUGCGGGCCAUGUACGACGCCGGCGCGGGGAAGGCGGGCCUCGAAGAGCACGACUGCGCGUACCGGAUCCACGUGCGCCGCGGCGACCACGGGUCGCGGCCGGGCCACGCGGGCGUCAUCGGCAACGGCUCCUACGCGUGCCUCGCGCGGUCCAUCCUGCGCGCCGACCCGGGCGCGAAGAUCUGCGUCUACAGCGAGGGACACGUCGGCGACUUUGGCGAGCUCGGCGCCGUCGACGGCGUCGCGUUCCACCUCGGCGGCGACCCCUACGAGACGUUCCACAACUUUGUCACCGCGGAGCACCUCUUCGUCGCCCACAGCCUGUUGAGCGGCGCGGCGGCCGUGUUGGCCGUCCAGGCGCGCAUCUACACGGUGCCCUACGAGCCGACGAUGUCCGCGGCGCUCGCGGAGUGCUGGCCGGGCGACUGCGACUGCGGCGGCUACUACAAGCGGAGCCGACAGUGCUGCAAGGCGCCGAACCGCAAGGUCGUCGAGGUCAUGGACGGCACGGACGUCUGGACCAUGUUCGGCCUCUCGGCGGCGCGCGUCGCGGACGAGCGCGCGCGCAACGACACGUCCUGGGCGCCCAAGGCGCCGUCCAUCUGGCCCGACUGGUGGCCCGACCCCGUCGAGGAGCACCGCAAGAAGCUCGAAGCGCGGGCCAGGGCGAAGCGGGACCGCGAAAACCAGGCGACGGCGCCCCUGGCGCCCUGGGCGAGCGACCCCGCCGUCGCGAAGCACCUCGGCUAA